AUCCCCAAACAGUACCUAACGCCUUCUAGUUUUAUUCCUUGCCAAUUUGCCAUCUUCAUUUUUCACAGUUCACGCGCUCUUUCACUACUCCUUCCUCUCCCAACCAUUCUCAAUCAUCAAAGGCUAACCAGCCCGAUCUCACCGACAAGUUUCGCCGAGCUGAUUCGCUCUGAGCUCGCUCUUCAUUUCCAGAUCCAGCUCCGAUUGAUGAUUUCUGUGUUACUACUAGUGGCUUAGAGGGCCUGUCUCCUCCAUCUUGUCUAGCAAUGGCAUUGUCAUCAAUCUCGGGAAGGAGAUACUUGGCUGCAUUCUUAUAUUUCGUUCUCAUUUCACAUGCUUGUAAUGGGUUUUAUUUGCCGGGUACCUAUAUGCAUACAUACUCCACUGGUGAUGAAAUUGUUGUCAAAGUGAACUCGUUAACCUCAAUUGAGACUGAGCUCCCAUUCAGCUAUUAUAGUCUUCCUUACUGCAAACCUCAGAGUGGCAUCAAGAAAAGUGCCGAGAAUCUUGGAGAACUGUUAAUGGGAGAUCAGAUUGAUACCUCUCCCUACCGUUUCAGGAUGAAUGUUAAUGAAUCACUUUACCUCUGCACUACCCCCGGACUAAAUGAGAAUGAGGUAAAGCUCUUGAAACAGAGGACCCAUGAGCUUUAUCAGGUGAAUAUGAUCCUGGAUAACUUGCCUGCUUUGAGAUAUGCCACCCAAAAUGGAAUGAAGAUACAGUGGACUGGGUUUCCGGUUGGCUAUACACCACCAAAUAGUAAAGAUGAUUACAUCAUUAACCACCUGAAAUUUACAGUUCUGAUUCACGAGUAUGAGGGAGCUGGAGUGGAGAUAAUUGGUACUGGGGAAGAAGGUAUGGGUGUUAUUUCGGAAACUGAUAAGAAGAAGACUGCCGGUUAUGAAAUUGUUGGUUUUGAGGUGGUCCCUUGCAGUGUUAAAUAUGACCCGGAAAAGAUGACAAAACUUCACACGUAUGAUAACAGCACGUCUAUAAACUGUCCAUUGGAGAUUGAGAGGUCUCAGAUUAUAAGGGAGCAGGAGAGGGUAUCAUUCACUUAUGAGGUUGAGUUUGUGAAAAGCGACAUUAGAUGGCCAUCUCGAUGGGAUGCUUAUCUCAAGAUGGAAGGUGAUCGUGUUCACUGGUUCUCGAUUCUUAACUCAUUGAUGGUGAUCUUCUUCUUGGCUGGAAUCGUUUUUGUAAUCUUUUUGAGAACCGUGAGAAGGGAUUUAACAAGGUACGAGGAAUUGGACAAAGAAGCUCAGGCACAGAUGAAUGAGGAACUUUCGGGGUGGAAGCUUGUGGUAGGUGAUGUGUUCAGAGAACCAAAUCACUCGAAGCUACUGUGCGUUAUGAUUGGAGACGGGGUUCAGAUUACUGGAAUGACGGCUGUAACUAUUCUUUUUGCGGCUCUUGGUUUCAUGUCACCAGCUUCUCGGGGUAUGCUGCUAACCGGAAUGAUAUUGCUUUACCUGUUCUUGGGAAUCGCAGCUGGUUACGUUGGUGUGCGAGCAUGGAGAACUAUCAAGGGGACUCCAGACGAAUGGAAGUCAGUUUCUUGGGCAAUUGCAUGCUUCUUUCCGGGGAUUGUUUUUGUUAUUCUCACAGCGCUGAAUUUUAUUCUUUGGGGGAGCAACAGCACGGGUGCCAUUCCCAUUUCCUUGUAUUUCAAACUCAUAGCCCUCUGGUUCUGUAUUUCGGUGCCUCUCACCCUCCUGGGAGGACAUCUUGGCACACGAGCUGAGGCUAUACAGUACCCAGUGCGAACUAACCAAAUUCCUAGGGAGAUCCCAUCGCGCAAAUAUCCAUCAUGGCUUCUUAUCCUUGGAGCUGGAACCCUCCCAUUUGGAACACUCUUCAUUGAACUUUUCUUUAUCCUCUCUAGUAUCUGGCUUGGACGGUUCUACUAUGUGUUUGGUUUUCUCUUCAUUGUUCUCCUGCUCCUGGUCAUUAUCUGUGCCGAGGUCUCACUUGUCCUCACUUACAUGCAUCUCUGCGUCGAGGAUUGGAUGUGGUGGUGGAAAGCAUUCUAUGCCUCGGGUUCAGUCUCUCUGUACGUGUUCUUGUAUUCCGUUAAUUACUUAGUCUUUGACCUCCAGAGCCUGAGCGGGCCAGUGUCUGCUAUACUGUAUCUCGGCUAUUCACUCAUAAUGGCAGUUGCAGUCAUGCUCGCUACUGGCACCAUCGGUCUUCUCACUUCGUUUUACUUCGUUCAUUACCUCUUCUCCUCGGUGAAGAUUGACUGAGGGGGGAUUUAGAUAGCCGAUUCUUGACAGCGAGAGAGAAAGCUUUAGUGCUCAUUUUCUCACGCUGUGGUUACGUUGCCAAAUGAGAGAUUCUUAGAAGCUGGUUGGGGCUGAAGGCCUGGCCUGGCCUGCUAGCUAAGAUAUAAUUCUUUUUCUUGAUACUCUGGAUGCUAAAAAUGUUUCAUUUGUAUCGGUUUUAAUGUGGUGUUUAAUGCCUGGUGGUCAAUGUAUUCUGCGUUUUCUUCA